CUUGAUAGCAGGAGAGAUCUUGAGAGGGCAAGACCGGGAGAUCCUUCAGUCCAUCGAGAAAAGAGGAAAUAUCCUCAUCAUGCAUAUCAAGAGAGAGCGUAUCAUCACCAUGUGCAGGCAUAUCAACAUCACUACAACUGUUAUCACUGUCAGAAUCACUGACAUUGUCAAUGUUUAUUCCAGCAUCAAUAUCACUGGGGGAAUCAGCAUCGCUGCUAAUAUCCAUGCCAGCAUCACUGCUCACGUCCAUCCCAGUGUUGCCAUCUGAAUUGAUGCUAUGAACAUAUCCAUGGCGAUUAGCAGCCACCUCUGGUUCAGUAUUGUUACUAACAGUCAGCCCUGACUGUGUGGCCGGGGCCGGACUUAUACUAUAUUCCAAUCUCUGGUAGCCGGUCUUCCGAGGACGAGGCAUGAUAGAUGAUGUGAUAUUAUCC